UAUAUGGCGACAAUAUAUGCAUACUGAAUGAAUUUUUGACUGUGAUUCUUUGAUAUUCUAUUUUGUUAUUAGAAAAUUCACUAUUGCCAAUUUCUCCCAACUUUUUUAAGUUGAAAAAGUUUUUAAUCCCGCCCUAAUCCUACCAAAUUUUGAUUUUAAAUUUAUGAAUACCCUUAACGCCAAUUGGAACAGAGUUACUAAAGAAAUUCAUUUCCUUUUUUUGCCCAACUUCCCUAAUUCAUACGUCACCGCCUGCAAUAUUUGUUCCCCGUGUUUUCGGCCGUAGAUGAUGGGCCCACAUCAUCUACCCCGUGAAAAGUUCUUGGACGGAGCCCCGAAUCCAAGGGUUUCCAUCUUGUUUCAGAAUCUCAAAUUGACUCCAUACAUCCCCAAUAUCAGAAAGCGAUAGUCUUUAGGUGACACACGUUUUCAUUGUUGUGGAAUUCUCUUGGGGUUUGAGGUAUGAGUUUUCAAGAUCUUGAAUCGGGUCGGGCAAUUGGGUGGCGGGCGGCCCGAGACUUGAUCAAUGGGAAACAAGAUCCCACCCAAGCAGUGGCUUCUGGGAUUUUUCAGAUCAAUACAGCCGUCUCCACUUUCCAAAGGCUAGUUAAUACCCUCGGAACCCCUAGAGAUACCCCUGAACUCCGUGAGAAGCUGCACAAGACAAGACUACAUAUUGGACAGUUGGUUAAAGAUACGUCAGCAAAACUGAAGCUUGCUAGUGAAACAGACCAUCGAGUUGAAGUCAGUGCCAGCAAGAAAAUUACAGAUGCUAAGCUUGCUAAAGAUUUCCAGGUAGUACUAAAAGAGUUUCAGAAAGCUCAACGGCUUGCAGCUGAGAGGGAGACAGCAUAUACACCUUUUGUUCCCCAAGCAGUUCUACCUUCUAGCAGCUACACAGCCAGUGAGAUAGAUGCAAGUUCAGACAAGAGUCCAGAACAGCGAGCUCUCCUUGUAGAAUCUAGAAGACAGGAGGUUCUAUUUUUAGAUAAUGAGAUUGCCUUCAAUGAGGCUAUAGUAGAGGAAAGAGAACAGGGUAUACAAGAAAUACAGCAACAAAUUGGUGAAGUGAAUGAGAUCUUUAAAGAUCUUGCGGUGCUGGUUCACGAACAGGGAACUAUGAUUGACGAUAUUGGUUCCAAUGUUGAGAACGCUCAUGCUGCAACUGCACAGGGCAAAUCACAACUUGCCAAGGCGGCAAAAACCCAAAAAUCGAACACAUCUCUGACAUGCUUGCUGCUGGUGAUUUUUGGUAUUGUGCUCCUAAUUGUGAUCAUAGUCCUUGCUGCAUAGUAGGAAAAAGUUUUGAGCACUAUUGCAUACAGAACUUAGGGCUGUAUGACGAUGGAAAUGAUCUUGUCGAACGUGUCAUCAAAGUUGUUCUGAGAGGCAUUUUGGCCGAUUGGUGAUGGUGCUGAAAUCAGGUUACUGACAAGAUUAGUGGCGAGGAUUUCAUACUAAGCUUUUAGUUCUUUGGUGGUGGUUGGUGCUGUAAAUUGUAAAUUGGUGUUUGGGUUUGUGGUUUUUCUGUUCGGUCUUGUAAUAAAGCUUUUAUCAAAUAUAAAACUGAUUUUUUGAUUAGGUGAUUA